UAAUUAAAGCAAAACUUUAAGAUGAAUAUUUAUUUCUAGGAACUUGAACUAAUGAUGAUGUUGAACAGAAGCUAUGCUGCUGAAAUUGCCCACAACGUCUCAAGCAGAAAGCGCAAAGAGAUUGUCGAAAGAGCACAACAACUGUCAAUCAAGGUUACGAAUGGCAGUGCUCGACUGCGUAGUGAAGAAAAUGAGUAAACUGUUGUCAUUCUGUAAAAUAAACAAUUAUCUACCAAUUUAGUUGUACUGUGUGUUGUGUAUCUGGGUAUGAAUGAUGGGACAAAAUUAUACUUGUGCUGCAAUUCACUUAAAAUAAGCAUAAAACUAGUGGCAUAACAUUCAAGUACAAUAGAAAACUGUUACAUGACCAUUUGGAGCUCUCUAAAUGUUCACAUAAUAAUAUAACCGAUCUUCAUUCAUGAAUGCCUAUAUCACAUGACUUAGUGUUUUUACCAUAGGUCCUUGUGUGAGUUAAUGAAAAUUCAGAACAAGGUUGAUAUUUAAUUAUUUCGGUAAUAAGGGUACUGUCAAGGCAAUAACUGUGUUUGUGAAGAGUAUUAAAUACUCAAAGUUUGUGAAACAUUUUUCUGAUAAUUUUAGGAGGUAAAAAUUAUUCUAUCAAAAAUGGAAGGGGAAUGAUGUCGUUUGGGUUGCCUGUGGUCAUAUCAUCAGUGAGCCUGCGAUACUUACUGGUGAUUUAAAGACCCAAAACAAACAACAUUGCACUUUCCACGGUUUGACUUCAUUUACCCAAGCGUUUUCGUUGUUAAAAGCGAAUGGUCUAAAAUGUAAUAGCAUAGACUUAAGAUAACCUGAAGAUGGCUGCUUUCAAGCAAUCGAAACUUAAACACGUUGGUAACCCGCUGCAUGAGAUUAUAGAGAUUACAGACUACUUGUACUUGGGAAGUGUUAUACCAGCCAGAAAUGAGGACUUGCUAAAAGAAAAGCAGAUUACACAUAUUGUUAACGCAACUGUUGAAUCAGACCACGAGUACAAAAUACCAGUAGAGUGUAUGAAGAUAAAAAUCACUGAUUCCCUAGAGUGUCAUAUUGGACUAUAUUUUGACAUCGUAGCUGACAAGAUAGAAAAAGUGAAGAAUAUGAGAGGAAAAGUAUUGGUUCACUGUAUGGCAGGAAUUAGCAGAUCUUCAAGCCUGGUCAUAGCAUAUUUGAUGAAAUACAAAAAAAUGAGCUUGAGAGAUGCAUACCACUUGGUAAAGAAGAAAAGGCCUAUCAUAAACCCUAACCCAAGAUUCUGGCAGUCUUUAGUAGAUUAUGAGAAAAAACUGUUUGGCAAAACUACAGUAACCAUGAAAGAAUCAGAAUUUGGAGUCCUAGUCCCAGCUAUACACUGUAAGUCGGUCAAAGAUCUCUUUAACUGGUGACCAACAGAACCAACCAACAGGGAAAUCGCUUAUAUAUUUGGGUGCAUUGUGAGGUUUUAUUAUUUAUGAUAUAUAGCUGGACACAAUUACUGUUUUCCCAUGACAAAAAAAUACAUAUUUCUUAAUACUUGGAUUUCAAUGUGAUUGUAUAAACUUAAAAAAAAGACCAGGUAAAUAGAGUUUAAAUUUUGGCUAGAUAUAAUUCAGCAUGUAAAUGUAAUUUAUUUUAUUUUAAACAAAAAAUACAAUAGUGAACAUAAUGCUAAGUUAAAUUUGUAAAAUGUACAUUUAUGUAAUUAUUGUUGUAUGAUAGAUUAGAUUAAAAAAAAGUGAAUAAACAAGACAGAUUACAAAA